AUGACAUUCUCAGCUGCCUCACGACUAGCCAAUCUUCGGCGACACUUGGAUUUCACCGAAACUGUCAACAAGGCUGAACAUUCAAUCAAGGUGAAGGUAGCCGCAGAGGUUUCUGAAGCAUUAUCACUGGGGCGUGCGGUUGUUGCUCUAGAAUCUACCAUCAUUUCGCAUGGGAUGCCAUAUCCUCAAAAUUUGGAAACUGCAAAAGAGGUGGAGCGUAUUGUAAGAGAGAAUGGUGCAGUUCCUGCUACCAUUGCAAUUUUAGAUGGCACGCCAUGUGUAGGUCUAAGUCUAGACGAACUUGAAAGACUGGCUACUCUGGGAACUAGUGCUCAGAAGACCGCUCGAAGGGACAUUGCAAAUGUUGUGAGUGUCUUGGCAUUGUACAUCAUAUUUAUAAUUUAUGUAUAUCAAUAUGUUGUAGCAGAAGGACUUGGAACCGAAGAACCAAUAGAGGCAGUGAAAGCGGUAGCUCGCGGUGGAAAUGGUGCUACUACUGUUUCUGCAACAAUGUUUUUUGCUUCUAUGGUUGAUAUUCCCAUCUUUGUGACUGGGGGGAUUGGAGGAGUCCACCGACAUUGGGAACAUACUAUGGACAUAUCUUCUGAUCUCACUGAGCUAGGCAAAACACCUGUUGCAGUUGUAUGUGCUGGUGUAAAAUCAAUAUUAGAUAUUCCUAGGACGCUUGAAUAUCUGGAAACACUAGGUGUAUGUGUUGCUGCCUACAAGACUAGUGAGUUUCCUGCAUUUUUCACUGAAUCAAGUGGGUGCAAGGUAUCAUGUCGAGUAGAUAGCCCCGAAGACUGUGCUUGCUUAAUAGAAGCAAGCUUCAAACUGAAGCUAGGAACUGGAAUUUUGAUCGCGGUUCCUAUUCCUCAAGAACACUCAACUUCUGGACGCAUAAUUGAAUCUGCCAUUCAGAAAGCCAUUAAAGAAGCCAGGGAAAACAAUAUAACAGGGAGUGCUGAAACUCCUUUCUUGCUUGCUCGAGUAAAUGACCUUACUGGAGGCGCCUCACUUGCUGCAAAUGUUGCUCUUGUGAAGAAUAAUGCUCUUGUUGGAGCUAAAGUAGCAGUAGCCCUUGCCCAAAUAAGAGAAAAUGGUCAGAGGUGA